AAAUCUAUAAAUACCUUCUACACCAUAAAAACAGGUCAUAAGUGCUGGCAAGGAAAAGAAACGAAAAGAAAACAGAAAAAAGAACGAAAGGAAAAGGAAAGAAAGUCGUUUCCGUGUUCGCGCGGUGACUAAUGCGACUGAUAAAUGAUAAUGAUAAAGAUUAAGGAAGAAGAUUAAAUUAAUGAAUUGCCGAUGCCGUUAGGGUUUGGUCGUAGAACAAAUCGUCGGUCUAUUCUCCAACGCCUUUUUAACCAUUUCUAGUUUGCGAUUUUCCGUCUUCCUCAUGUUUCCAUUAAUCGAUCCUCCAUUUUCAUUCUGAGUUCUUGUUCUUUCUUUAUCUUUCUCUGGACCAGUCUUUCCCUCUUCUUGCGUAUCGAAUCUUUUCUUCGUCUUCUGUUUCCGAUCGCAUUCCAACACCGUGAUUCUCUACAGAAUGGAUCUUCAACCUACGCGAUCGGACUCGGAUUCUACUGUGGAUCCUAAUGCCGCCGGUCAAAUCCAACCGCCGUCGCCGAGCAUCCUUCUGUCGCCACGCCAUUCAUCGGACUCCCAACGGAGAAUUGCAAUCGCUGUUGACUUGAGCGACGAGAGCGCGUACGCCGUCCGUUGGGCUGUACAGAACUAUCUCCGACCCCGCGAUUUGGUGUUUUUUCUUCAUGUGCGACCCACCAGCGUUCUUUAUGGAGCGGAUUGGGGAUCGCUUGACCUUCAUCAAAGGAAUAGCAGCAGCGAUGGCGUUAGCGCGGAGGAAUCGCAAAGAAUGCUUGAGGACGAUUUCGACAACUUCACGACGACCAAGGCCACUGACUUGGCCCAACCUUUAGUGGAGGCCAAUAUUCCUUUCAAGAUUCACAUAGUCAAAGACCACGACAUGAAAGAAAGGCUGUGCUUGGAGGUCGAAAGGUUAGGGCUCAGCGCUGUUAUCAUGGGGAGCCGUGGCUUUGGCGCCUCCAAGCGAAUCACUAAGGGCCGACUUGGGAGCGUUAGCGAUUACUGCGUUCACCAUUGUGUAUGUCCGGUGGUGGUGGUGAGGUAUCCGGAUGACAAGGAAGGUUCUCGUGGUGGAGAGGAUGAUAGUGAUGGAAGCACCGGCCGCUCGAUGAAAAGUAUCAUUGGAGAGGAUGUGGAACUUGAUCCAGUGCCUGAAGACGAGCAGGAGUAUCAUGAUGCCGACGACGAGCUCAAAGCAGAUGGUUGAACGAGACGAACGAUGCUGAGGCCAGUAGACUUCCCGUAAGUUGAUUGCACGUGGCAAACGUAGAGAAGACUGCUGAGUGAAAUGAAUUGACUUUGAAGAAGUUUCGUGUUUGUACAUGGUGAAAAUAUUCAUACCCUGUGUUGGAAAUACAAAAAAAAUUGCAUGUUCAGACUUUGAAUUGUACCUAUGUGUUCUCCUUUCACACUAAUAAAUAGUUCAUAAAUGUUCGUCCA